AUGCAUCGCGCUCGGGGCUUCUCUACACGGGCCCUUGACCACCGUCUGCUCGCCCAGCGCAGUACCGGUCUAUAUUUACCCGCCGGCCAAACCAGCCCAUUAACCACCCGACACUCCGAUCUAUCCUCACUUGCCCGACACACCAACCAUCUAUCACUCCCUAUCCGACAGCUCUCUGCGCUCGCCAACGUCCGUUCACGCGGUUUCGGAACUCGAUUACUAUCGGAAAGUCGAAAUUUAAGAUUAUCUUCGAUGGCUACUGCCGCUGCUGCUGCCGCUUUGGCCGAGAGGCCUAUUUCUGCGAGUGCGGUCGCUGCUGCCCAGUCCGAGGGAGCGAGAUUGAUUGAUGGAACUGCACUGGCCAAAGAAAUUCGCACAUCGGUCGCAUCCCGCAUCUCAGCGCUCCGUGCCCAGAAUCCACGAUUCCAUCCUCAUCUAGCGAUCGUUCAAGCCGGAUCGCGCCCGGACUCGACGGCCUACAUUCGUAUGAAGACCAAGGCGUGCGAAGAGGUCGGGAUCAAGUCGACGCAUAUCCAAUUGCCGGGGGACGUAUCGACCCAAGGUGUUCUGGACGUAGUAAAAAAAUUGAACGAGGACGAGACGGUUAGCGGUGUGUUGGUUCAGCUCCCGAUUGGGGAUGGAGAUGGGAUUGGACCCGAGGCGGAGCGUGUGGUGGUUGAAAAGUUGGGAGCUGAAAAGGACGUUGAUGGCGACAUUGUCGGGAAUCCCGUCUCGGCCAUGCUCCGAAAGCUAGAUGCUACGGUCACCCAAUGUCACUCUAGAACUCGAAACCUAGACUCGAUCCUCAAAAACGCUGAUAUUGUUGUAGCCGCGAUCGGCAAGCCUGAAUUCGUGCGGGGAGAGAUGCUCAAGCCUGGAUGUGUGGUCAUUGAUGUAGGGAUCAAUUAUGUCCCCGACAGCAGUAAAAAGUCCGGCCAACGAUUGGUCGGGGAUGUGCAUUUCGAGUCUGUGUCCAAGGUUGCCGGACAUAUUACUCCUGUUCCGGGAGGUGUCGGACCGAUGACGGUCGCGAUAUUGAUGGUCAACACUUUGCGGAGUGCCGAGUCGAUUUGGGCCAAAGGAAGGAAAGGACGGUUACGCCUUUGCCGUUGGAUAUCAAGGAGGUCGUGCCGAGAGAUUGCGAUGGCGCAGACGCCCAAAGAUGUCGCUGUCCUCGCAAAUGAGAUUGGAAUUCGGGCGACCGAGCUCGAGAGUUACGGAAGGUACAAGGCUAAAGUCGAGCUUUCCAUUCUCGAUCGCCUCGCGCACCGUAAGAAUGGGAAAUACGUCGUCGUUUCCGGUAUUACGCCUACCCCACUGGGCGAAGGCAAGUCGACCACAACGAUUGGGCAGCCUAGCCAGGGCCCGACGUUUGGUAUCAAGGGUGGCGCUGCGGGCGGUGGAUACAGUCAAGUAUUCCCUAUGGACGAGUUCAACCUCCAUUUGACUGGUGAUAUCCAUGCGGUUACCGCUGCAAACAACCUGUUGGCUGCUGCGCUCGACGCCAGGAUCUUCCACGAGGCUACCACUCCGGACAAGUCGCUAUACAACCGACUAGUCCCUCCCAAGAAAGGCGUCCGGACUUUUGCUCCUCUCAUGCUCAAGCGUCUCCAAAAAUUAGGAAUCACAUCUACAUCUCCUGACGAACUCACUCCCGAAGAAGCUCGCAAAUUUUCGCGCCUGGACGUCGACUUGGAGACUAUUACCUGGAACCGCGUUCUGGACGUCAAUGACCGCUUCCUCCGCAAGAUCACCGUUGGCCAAAACCCGACUGAGAUGGGUCACACACGUGAGACCGGAUUCGAUAUUUCUGUCGCGAGCGAGUGUAUGGCCGUCUUGGCACUGAGCAAUAGUUUGGCGGAUAUGCGUGAUAGGUUGGGCCGUAUGGUUGUUGCAACGAGCAAGAAUGGCGAUCCUAUUACUGCUGAUGAUGUCGGAGUUGGAGGAGCCUUGGCUGUGCUUAUGAAGGACGCUAUCAAGCCCAAUCUUAUGCAAACCCUGGAGGGCACACCGGUAUUCGUUCACGCCGGGCCAUUCGCAAACAUUGCCCAUGGAAACUCAUCUAUUCUAGCCGACCGCGUUGCACUCAAGCUCGCUGGUACUGAAGAAGGUGAUAGUUCCGAGCGCGAAGGUUAUGUUCUCACAGAGGGUGGAUUUGGUGCUGAUAUGGGUAUGGAGAAAUUCUGCAACAUCAAGUGCCGAAUUAGCGGGCUUGUUCCAGAUGCCACGGUUAUUGUUGCAACGACUCGGGCACUCAAGAUGCACGGCGGUGCACCGGAUGUUACUCCCGGAAAGCCUCUGCACGAUACGUACCUGAAGGAGGACCUCGUCACUCUCAAGGAGGGAUGCAAAAAUCUUGGGAAGCACAUUCAGAAUGCGAAAGCAUUCGGCGUCAAGGUUGUAGUCGCUGUUAACCAAUUCUCAACCGACACUCCCGCCGAGCUGGAACUCGUCAAGAGUGAGGCUCUCUCUUUUGGAGCUGACGCUGCUGUGGUCUCCAACCACUGGGCCAAGGGUGGUGCAGGUGCCCGCGAUCUCGCCGAGGCCUUGAUUCAGACUUGCGAGUCUAGCGAGCCUGACUUCAAGUUCACCUACGACCUGGAUUUACCUAUCGCUGAAAAGAUCAAUGCCAUCGCUACCAAGGUUUAUGGCGCAGAUGGAAUCGAACUCAGCGAGCUUGCGGCAAAGCAGAUCGCCACCUAUGAAGCACAAGGAUAUGGCAACCUUCCGAUCUGCAUGGCCAAGACUCAGUAUUCAUUCUCUCAUGACCCCAAAUUGAAGGGAGUCCCGACUGGAUUCACUGUUCCAAUCCGAGCCGUUAGGCUGUCUGCUGGAGCCGGCUUCUUGUAUCCUCUCCUUGGGGACAUGCAAACCAUGCCUGGUCUCGGAACACGUCCCGGCUUCUGGGAAGUCGGCCUCGAUGAAAAGGGACAAGUGGUUGGAUUGUUCUAG